UUUCACGCCAAUAACUUCAAAGUGUUCCGAAAGGCUGUUGAAUCAGCUGACGUGGCCCUCAUGAGUCGGUGCGAGGAGUAUGAUGCUGCGCCUGUUCACUUGACAUGGUGUGUCGAGCCGUCGAUGAAGGAGUAUCGACCAGUUGACGCCUUGCUCCUCAACUUGGACGAGCGUCCGGAUAAUUCCCGCAGCGAGCAGCUCCAGGAUGAAAUUCGUGGCAAGGUCUUUGAGUCUCUGAAGUGGCUCCUUAAGAGGGGCGCUGAUGCUGAAGCUAACUGGGUUAGUGAAUCAUUUGAAGACGAGCUCCCUCCGGGACGACAGAAUAUAGGCUUUGAUCAUAUGCCCACACGACUCCUGAAGCAGCUUCAAGUCAACAUUGGUAAACGUGGAGUUGAUGUUUAUCUCGAUAUGAUUGAGUUGUGGCAUUCAAGUCACACAUCCCUCCCCGCCUGCUGGAGUUGAUGCUGAAGGAGUAUGCCAGUCGAGGUAUUAGGCUAAGAGAUUCGUACAACCA